GUGCUCACACCAAGGCAAGUCGAGCAGGAGUCACCGUGCACGGACCGCAGCGCCGCAGAGGAGCCGCCGCACGUCCGCCAAGAACUUCCGAUGUUCGAUGGCUGACUUUGAGUGUCGCCUUGUAAUGUGAGGAGCAGAUGAUGAAGACUUUUAGCGGCAAAAACAACCAGAACCUUCUUCUCGUUCACGUCAGGAACGUCAAGAAGUUGUUCGCCUCUCUGCCUUGGUGCUUCCCCCUCAGAGCUUACGUCUUCUGCAUGGGGACACUGCUGUUCUUCUGCCUGGCCUCCCUCUUGUACCAGCUCAACGGAGAACCCCCCAGAAUCCUGCUGGACAUCAGACAAUAUAUUGGUCAAUCGACAUACGUGGAUGACCACGGACCUCCGGCUCCAAGAGUGCUUAAGUUCCCCAGCCAGGUGGUGUACAACCGCGUGGGGAAGUGCGGCAGCCGGACGGUGCUCCUCUUGCUGCGGCAACUGUCCGUAACGCACCAGUUCAACUUGAUCUCGUCGGACAUCCACAACAAAUCACAGCUCACCAUAGAUGAACAGGUGGAGCUCAUGAAGGACAUCAGUAGUAUCUCUCAGCCCUUCCUCUUCACGCGCCAUGUUCACUUCCUCAACUUUACCAGGUUUAAGAUCGAGGAGCCCGUAUACUUCAAUAUAAUCCGUGACCCCAUCAACCGCUUCCUGUCCAACUACUUUUUCCGGCGCUUCGGGGACUGGAGGGGCGAGCAGAAGCACAUCAUUCGCAGCCCUGCUAUGAAAGAUGAUGAGAGAUACCUAGACAUAAACGUGUGCAUUCUAGAUAACUACCCAGAGUGCUCUAACCCAAGAGUCUUCUACCUUAUCCCCUACUUUUGCGGACAGCAUACUAAAUGCAGAGAGCCAGGCCCAUGGGCUCUGGAACGGGCCAAACAGAAUGUUCUGGAGCAAUUCCUGCUGGUUGGCAUCUUGGAGGAGCUAGAAGAUGUGCUGCUACUCCUGGAGAGGCUUCUACCGCACUAUUUCACUGGCGUGCUCAACAUCUACAAGAGUCCUGACCACAAGAAGUCGGGCAACAUGACCGGCACGAUCCGCAAACACACACCCACCCUGGAGGCGCUGCAGGUGCUCUACCAACGCAUGAGCUACGAGUACGACUUCUACAACUUCGUCCGGGACCAGUUCCACCUCAUGAAGAAGAAAAUUGGCCUCAAAUCUGUGGCCCGACCGCAGGCGUACUCCCCGGACUUCCUCCGGGAGCUGGCCCUGCGGACACCCCAGCCUCUGGAUGAAGACGAGGAGCUGGACACGGAUACGGAGGACGCUAACAGCUGGCUUGUCCAUCAGGAGCAAACAGUUUGAGGGGAGGACAUCAGGAGGUGUCCUGAGGAGGCAACGGUGCCCUGGCAAAAGUGAGUUGCAUUUUUAAGUUGCGACUGUCCUGGAUUGCAUCGACAGACUCGAUGGGUGCUGAUUAUUUUUACCUGCCGAUGGGGAAAGGACAAAGUCUUUCUAUUUUAAAGGUCUUGGAAAAUCUACAGGUUUUUCUAAUGAAGUGGGGCUUUUUUGGUUCUUUUGCUGAAUUCUCCAGGAGAGAUAAAGCACAGCUACGUUGACCUAAAUGCUGGGGAAGUGUGUUCGGAAAAAAAAAAUGCUGAGAAGCCAAACAGCAAACCAUGAACAGAAAAGUGCCAAAACGUGUGUGUGUGUGUGUGUGUGUGUGUGUGUGUGUGUGUGUGUGUGUGUGUGUGUGUGUGUGUGUGUGUGUGUGUGUGUGUGUGUGUGUGUGUGUGUGUGUGUGUGUGUGUGUGUGUGUGUGUGUGUGUGUGUGAGUGUGUGUGUGUGUGUAUCAGUGCAGUGUUUAGACAGGAAGGUGUAUUAUUCCACGUUUCCACCAAGCACCACAGUUCCUUGGCACCGAGCUGCAAACUGGAAACACAAAAUAUCCUCUUGACAUCCAAAGUGAAGUAAAAAAUCUCCCGGAUUGUGAUGUUUUUGUGAGGAUGAUAUAAAAUACUGUGCAGAUGGUGAAAGCUUAAGACGACUCUAUUAAAAAAGAACAGGUUGCUGCCAUUUAAAACCAAAAUAAGCUUCGACACGCCCUCCCUUUUCCUUGAUAGCUCAUCCAAUCCACAGUCACAUUCACCAAGGGCCUCCUAAUUGCUGGAGCUGCCAAGUCUCCUGUCAGCAGCACUGUGCUUUUGUGUAGGCUCCUACCGCGCUGUGCACUGGGCUUGUUUCCGUCCAAUGAAAUACACACGCUGCGCUUAAAGUUCAAGUUAAAAGUCCCAACGAUAGUCACACACACUAGGUGUGGUGAAAUUAUCCUCUGCAUUUCACCCAUCCCCAUGUUCACCCCCAGGGAGGUGAGGGGAGCAGUGAGCAGCAGCAGUGACCACGCUCGGGGAUCACUUUGCAAUUUAAAGCCCAAUUCCAACCCUUGAUGCUGAGGCAAUGGGUCCCAUUUUUAUAGGCUUUGGUAUGACUCGGCCGGGGUUUGAACUCACGACCUUCCAGUCUAAGGGCCACUGAACAGUUCAAACUCCACAGGUUGAACCCCAAAGUCCGACCCGACUUGAAAUUUCACACCUAAUGCGGUACUGAGAUUUCCCAUGGAACUUUUUCACUUCUGAUACGAUACUGUAGCCAUGAGUAUUAGCCGAUACGAUAUCAGCACAAGUCAUAGUACAUACUUUACUUAUUUUGUAGAGUGCAAUGUUAAAAAAGGCUAGUGAGUAUAGUAGAUAUGGUGGAAGAAUAAUCUCAUGCCAGAGUGCUAAUUUGUUUUUGGCGACACCUAAUGGCCACAGUAAUUCAUCAAAUAAGCUAAUUACACAGCAAGGUGAAUAUUUCAGACAUGCUUGUGACUGGAUACCUUCUAAUACACUAAGGAGCAAUAUGCAACUAUAACUAUUUGAUACUUGUUUUUAUUGACUCGUGUUGUGUUCAAGACUGCAAUGUUGUUCAAUUAAGUAUGUCUAGAUCAGUGGUUCUUAACCUUGUUGGAGGUACCGAACCCCACCAGUUUCAUAUGCACAUUCACCGAACCCUUCUUUAGUGAAAAGUAAAAAAAAUUUAUUUAUUUUUUUCAAAUUCAAGACAAAAGUUAAUUUUUUUUUUUUUACUAGUGCACAAAAUGAACCGUGCAUGAACAUCACCUUGUUCAAAGAAGAAAACCAACACAGUGCAUGAACUCACGACAAAUUACACACUUGCAAAUCAGAUGUAAAAUUAGAGGGAACAUUGUCUGGGGGUAUCCAUAAUACUUAGACUUAGACUUCCUUUUUAUUGUCAUUCAAAUUUUAACUUUACAGUACAGAUACACCGAUAGGGAGAAGUUUUUAUUUACACGAUUGAUUGAAACUUUUAUUAGUAGAUUGCACAGUACAGUACAUAUUCCGUACAAUUGACCACUAAAUGGUAACACCCGAAUAAGUUUUUCAACUUGUUUAAUUAAGUCGGGGUCCACGUUAAUCAAUUCAUGAGUCUGGUGUGUCUUGACCACUGCGGCGGAGGCUCUGCCGAACCCCUAGGGUUCGAUCGAACCCAGGUUAAGAACCACUGGUCUAGAUUGUGUGCUAUUGUUUGCUUGGCUGUCGUGUAGCUGCUAGCUCCUAGUAGCCUAUAGCAGUGGUUCUCAAAUGGGGGUACGCAUACCCCUGGGGGUACUUGAAGGUAUGCCAAGGGGUACGUGAGAUUUUUUUUAAAUAUUCUAAAAAUAGCAACAAUUCAAAAAUCCUUUAUAAAUAUAUUUAUUGAAUAACACUUCAACAAAAUAUGAAUGUAAGUUCAUAAACUGAACAUCAAAUCAAGUAGGCUAUUCCAUUCACUACCAUAAACCCAGAGUUUCCCCCAUGCCAUGAUGGUCUGACCCUCACUAAAAUAUCUGUCAAAAAGAACUGUGAAAAGAAAUGCAACAAUGCAAUAUUCAGUGUUGACAGCUAGAUUUUUUGUGGACAUGUUCCAUAAAUAUUGUUGUUAAAGAUUUUUUUUUUGUGAAGAAAUGUUUAGAAUCAAGUUCAUGAAUCCAAAUGGAUCUCUAUUACCAUCCACAAAGAGGGCACUUUAAGUUGAUGAUUACUUCUAUGUGUAGAAAUCUUUAUUUAUAAUUGAAUCACUUGUUUAUUUUUCAACAAGUUUUUAGUUAUUUUUAUAUCUUUUUUUCCAAAUAGUUCAAGAAAGAUCACAACAAAUGAGCAAUAUUUUUGCACUGUUAUACAAUUUAAUAAAUCAGAAACUGAUGACAUAGUGCUGUAUUUUACUUCUUUAUCUCUCUUUUUCAACCAAAAAUGCUUUGCUCUAAUUAGGGGGUACUUGAAUUAAAACAUUUUUUACAGGGCGUACAUCACUGAAAAAAGGUUGAGAACCACUGGCCUAUAGCCUACAGGGUUUACUGAGGAAAGAUCAAAUUUGUGUGCUUAUUGAAGGACAUUUAGGUGUUUUCUGUCGAGCUUUGCACAUGUAAACACGCCACAGGACUGCUUGUAUCGGACAUUUCAGAUGCAAGCCGAUAUCAGACCGAUAUUUGAUAUCAAUAUCAGCUCGGGACACCCCAACUUGGUACUUGGAAAGUAUUUUGAGUGCCCAUUUGUCAACGACAGUCAUGUAGAACAACUGUUUGUUUUUCUUUGUUUACUCUGAUUUGUGGAGUCGAUUGGUGGAAACACAAGCCAGACCAGAUGUGAUUUACCAAAGCGAACUGGACCCCUUGGUGGAAACGUGGCUUGAGUGAAAUGCAUUCUGUUGCAAAAUGUAUAAAUGAGGGUUAAACCGUAUGCACUCGUUAUGAAUUCAUAGAAUUCCAGUCAAGUGUGCGUGUGCGUGACUUGGGUUUGACACCGCAGUUUUUAAGCAGUUUGGCAUCGUUUUGUUUACAUUUAGUUUGUUGGGACUUGAGCGUGGCCAGGUGCUUAAAAAAAGAGACAUCUAUUGUUUAUUCCUGGUAAUGCAUCAAUCAGGCAGGAGCUGAGGUCAAAAGUCAAAUCAAUAGCUUUUCAGUACCAGUCAAAAGUUGUA